GUGCAUGGACAAAUAGGAGAACAUGCAGGGGGAUGGACACAUAGAAGAACAUGCCGGGGAUGGACACGUAGGAUAACACGCCGGGGAUGGACACACAUAGGAUAACACGCCAGGGAUGGACACGUAGGAUAACACGCCGGGGAUGGACACGUAGGAAAACACGCCGGGGAUGGACACGUAGGAUAACACGCCGGGGAUGGACACGUAGGAUAACACGCCGGGGAUGGACACGUAGGAUAACACGCCGGGGAUGGACACGUAGGAGAACAUGCCGGGGAUGGACACGUAGGAGAACAUGCCGGGGAUGGACACGUAGGAUAACACGCCGGGGAUGGACACGUAGGAUAACACGCCGGGGAUGGACACAUAGGAUAACAUGCCGGGGAUGGACACACAGG